AUGGAGGUCAAUCUUGAUUUACAGAUUGAGAGAGAUAACGCUACUUUUGACGCGGUUGAACUGACUUACAUUAAAGACGGCGGUGCCAAGGUUACACAACGACGACGUUAUAUAGAAUCCUUGGUGUGCGACGAUCCGGAUUUUCAACAGGAGGAUCCUAACUUCCUAUCGAGAGAUGAGUUAUACACAUCAGCUGUCAGAAGAGGUGUGAUGAUAGAAAAGAAAAUAUUACAGUUGAAUAUUACGGAUGCAAAAGAGUAUGCAGCUAUAGGAAAAAGACAUGGAACAGCAAUCGAACUUCAUAGCAAAAUGUUUGUACCAACCCUUAUUGGCCAAGCGUCAGAGAAACAAAAAAGAAAAUGGCUACCUUUAGAAGAAAAUCUUCACAUUAUUGGAACAUUUGCUCAGACAGAAUUGGGACAUGGGACUUUCGUGAGAGGGCUUGAGACAACUUCAACAUAUGAUCCAAAAGCACAAGAAUUCGUUGUACAUAGUCCUACACUAUCAUCUACAAAGCUCUGGAUAGGAAACUUGGGUAAAACAGUAACCCAUGCAAUCGUGAUGGCGCAGUUAAUUACUAAUGGUAAACAAUAUGGAGUACACCCAUUUAUUGUUCCACUGAGAAGCCUGGAAAAUCAUAUGCCUCUACCAGGAGUGACUGUUGGUGAUAUUGGACCAAAGAUGCGUUUCAAUAGCAAUGAUAAUGGGUUUCUGAGACUAGACCAUGUUCGCAUUCCGAGAGACAAUAUGUUAAUGAAACACACACGGGUGUUGGCGGAUGGUACAUAUGUCAAACCACCAACAAAUAAGCUGGUAUACGGUACACUCGUUUAUGCCAGGGUCGGGUAUCUGCUCACUUGUACUGAUUGCCUAGCAAUGGCGUGUACCAUUGUCUCUAGAUACAGCGCUGUACGCAGACAGAGUGAGAUGCAACCAGGAGCCAGAGAGGCUCAUAUUCUUGACUACCAAUCUCAGCAAUUGAAGAUAUUACCCUACAUUGCCACCACGUACGCAUUUUAUACAGUUGAACGACGUGUCAGCGGAAUGUACGACAGACUUCAACAGCAAAUGGCAACCGGAAACUUCAGCCACCGACAAAAAUUCAAUGCCGUGACCGCUGGACUCAAAGGAUUUGUUUCGUAUGUAACGAACUCUGGUAUAGAAACAUGUCGUUUAGCAUGCGUUGGACAUGGAUACUCGCAUGCAACUAACUAUAAAUUUGUCAAAGUUAAACAACAGCAUUGGUAUUUAAUAAAGUGCGCAGGAAGUACAUUGUCCGGUGAUGUAUUGUCUGGUCAAGUUCCAUACUUGAAUGAACCCAUAAUUGAGAAGUGUGCAAUAACGAGUGAAUCAGAUCUGUUGAAAUUGGAUAUAUUGGUCGACAUAUAUAAACACAGAGCUCAGAGACUCAUUGUCACUGUGAGUGCAUUUGUUGGUAGCGUUAAAGACACAAAGAUGAGCGACUCGCUGAAACUAGUCCUAACAUCGUUAUGUCAGCUAUACGCGCUGUAUGGCAUUUAUCAAGAUUCCAGAGACUUCAUGAUGGAUUGUUACCUCUCUGGACAUAACAUCACCUCUAUCACACACCACAUCACGUCAAUGCUGGCAACCCUUCGCCCCAAUGCUGUUGCCUUAGUAGAUGCGUUUGACAUCCGGGAUGAGAUAUUGUGUUCGAUCCUAGGACGGUACGAUGGCAAUGUAUAUGAGAAUAUGUAUAAAUGGGCCAAGAAAUCGCCACUCAACAAAAACGAGGUCCACGACUUCUGCUAUGAGUAUUUGAAACCGUUUUUACGGAGUCAGCCUUCAAAAUUAUAA